AUCAUCGACUGCCUUUUGCGCAUGCGUAGCAGUCAUUGCAACGGAAGCGGUACGACAGCGCUCACAGCUUGGCUGUCUGUCGACACUGAAUGAGAAAGCACUGAUUACGACUCCAAAAUGAUGAAAUUUCUACCUAAACUUCUGUUGUUACUAUUAUUGGCCUUUCCGGCGACUAUCCUUAUCAAAGGGCCUCAGGUGAGUGCCCAGGAUCUGACUGAGGAUGAGGAGGCUGAGGCUGUGGAUGAAGAUGUGGUGGACGAUGUGACAACAGAGGAUGAGGAUGAUGAGGCAGAAGUAGAAGACGACGAGAACGCAGAACUGGUGAGGGAUACGGAAGAAAAAGAUGAAGAGGAGGAAGCACUGGUUGGAGAGGUGAAGGCUUCCCCCAACGCUGACACCACCAUCCUGUUUGUCAAAGGAGAAGACUUCCCAGCCAACAACAUUGUCAAGUUCCUGCUUGGCUUCACCAACAAAGGAUCUGAGAACUUCAUUGUGGAGUCUCUGGACGCCUCUUUCCGUUACCCGCAGGAUUACCAGUUCUACAUCCAGAACUUCACUGCUCUCCAGCUCGGCACCGUGGUUCCCUCUGGCAGACAGGCCACCUUUGAGUACUCCUUCAUCCCCGCAGAGCCAAUGGGAGGGCGGCCAUUCGGACUUGUCAUCAACCUUAAUUACAAAGACAGCAGUGGAAACAUUUUCCAGGAUGCAGUGUUCAACCAGACAGUCACCAUAACUGAGAAAGAGGAUGGGCUGGAUGGGGAGACGAUCUUCAUGUAUGUCUUCCUGUCAGGGCUUGGGCUGCUUGUCAUCGUAGGCCUUCAUCAGCUGCUGGAGUCCAGAAAGAGGAGACGUCCAGCUCCAAAGGUGGAAAUGGGAACUUCGAGCCACAAUGAUGUCGACCUAAGCUGGAUCCCUCAGGAAACAUUGAACCAGAUCAUGCAGAGUCGUAGAGACAAAGCAUCUCCCAAAAGAUCUCCCCGCAAAAGAAGCCAGAAACGCUCGGCUGGCUCAGACGAGUGACGGGCGCCUGACACCACGGCAACAGAACUUCACCCGCCUGUCUAUGGAGGAGGAGAAGGAGGAGGAAGAGCAGCAGCAGUAGUAGGAUGAGGGAGAGGAGGGGGGCUCUGAGAUCCAAUUCGAGCACACUCUGCUCUCUCUACUGAGGAACUUUAACCAGUGCCAAGCACAGCAAUGGCUGACUCUCUACUUUCAGCUUAGGAACUGUUGAAUUCACUCACUCACACUCACACACACACACACACAUGUGCGCAUACACAGCCCGUUUUGAUUAACGAUGACAGUUUUCUGAAGCUGUCGCAGGAAGGGACAGAAGGGUAGCAGGUGUGUUGGGUUUAAAAGGCACAUGAGGACAUUUUUCUAUUGCGGUUGUUGGUUUUCUUUUAGAUUGUAUUUGUCAAAGUCUCAGUAAGAUAACUGCUGAUGUGAUCAUUGUGAGACAGCUUUGAUUGUUUUGCUGUUUAUUACCUCCCACUCUGGUGUAGGGCUCUAACAAAUAAGCAAUUAAUCAGUUAGUUGACAGUUGACAGGCAGUCAGUUGUCAAGUAAUUGUUUAAGGUAAAGAAAAAAUUGCUGUUUCCAACCUCUCAAAUGAAAGAUUUCCUGCUUUUGUCUUACAUGGUAGUGAACUGAAUUUCUUUGGCUUUAGAAUUGCUUUUUGGAUAAAAUAAUCAAUCUGAAGAUGUCAUCUUAGGCUGUUGGAACUUGGAAUGCACAAUUGUCAGUAUUUUCUAUGUCUUAGACCAAAUGAUUAAUAAACAUGUAUUUUGCAGAUGACAUGAUAAUGGAAUAAUUGUUAGUUGGAGCCGUUAUAACCGUGACAAAUGCAGUUUUUCUUUCGUUUUGGAUUUUUUUUUAUUUUCAAUGCAGUUUUACUUGUUGAUUUCAUCUGCACGUUUUGGAUUUUGUAGAAUGUCUACUCCAUAGCUGCUGUCGUGCUUUUUCCUUCACUCAUUUCACUGCACAGAUCCUGAGGAAAGUCUGAUCACACACUACUGACGCUCCUGCUCAAAGCGUUUGCAAGGACUCGGUGCCGUCCUCUUGUUCGGACUUCUUUCAGUCUUAUGUGCAAAUACACAGCCCUGCAGACGGCACGAGGGAUCUCAUAGUGUUGUCGUAAAAUCUAUUGCUGAACUGCUGUGAAACUAAAAUGGAUUGAAAGGAGGUUUGAGACUUUGAUUGUUUUGUAUUUGCACAUCACAUUUAAGAACAAGAACCCAUUUUUGUGGAAGGUGAAUGUGUCAUAAUCAGAUCUGUGGACAGGAAGUGAGUGAAGACAAGAAGUCAGCAGUGUGGUGUCACAUACAAACCUGCCCUUUAACCCCAACAGCCUACAUUUAAACCCCAGUGCUCUCAGCUUCUGGGGAUUGAGGGGUGUGUUCAUGUGUGCACACCCUCGGAUAUCAGCUAACAGGCAAGCGCAAAGGUUUGGUUUCUCUACUGAGAGAGCAGAUAGAAUUGAACGUAAUCGAACUCCAAACCCUCAACAUGUGCCUGUUUUCUACUUUUGUGUAAAUUUCUUUACUUCUGGCUUCUCUCCUCAAGCAGCUUUUUUUUUUCUUCUUUCCCCAAAAUUGAAAAAAAAAACCCCAAUAAUUAAAUGGUGAAUUUGAGUCUUUUGUUUUUCUUUGGAUUAUAUGAUGUUGAACUGGCUGAAGCACUGGUGUAAAUACUGUCUGAAAGAUGAUGACCUGAGAGCAAACUCACAGAGCUAAUUUAUUUGAAUGACAUAUGGGGGCUUAAACGAGGGUGGGAGGGCGAUUAUGCACUGUUUUUUUUAUUAUUAUUAUUUUUACCACUAGGGGGCGACACUGACUCACUCUGCAGGUCUUAGUUCUUGUACUGCAGGGUUUUGUCAUUUCAAGCUUUGUGGUUCUGUGAGUAACUGAGCUCAGUGCUGAACUCUUUGGUGUCUGUUCUUCAGUUUACAGGCCGACAAAGAGCAGGAACAGGAAACAUGUUCCAGACUUUAAUACACAGCUGGUAGCAGUCAAACAGCCACAGAGAACUGAGCUGAUGUUUGAGUGUCUAAAAUGAUGGGGCUGUCAUCAAUAGAUGGAAGCUUAUACUUUUAUUUGCUUUUAAAUGUGCAGGAAAUAAAUGAUGAUUUGCUAUA